CGGCGGAGGGGCCGUGCGAUCGGGCCGUCCCGUCCGCCGGAGCGCACCAUGGGCCCCCGCGGGCUGAGCCCGCCCUGACGGGACGCCGGGCGGGGACAGCGGCUGUCGCGAACGCUCGUCGCAGCUCGCUCGCCUCGGGCCCUUGCGGAAUAGGAAGGCGCGAAACAAGCGGCCGGUCGGGGCCGCGCUGUGCUGGUGUGGCCAAAGGCGUUAACGCGGCCUGUGGAAGUUGCUGAGCAGUCUGCGGUUCUGUUGCUUUAAUGUCCCUCUGCUCGCACUGAACUCAAACAGAUUGCGUGUCGCGUGGUUUGAGGAGGAAGGGCCGGCACGAAGUGAUUUACCCAGAUCUGCCCCUCCUGCGUGAAGCUCUGGGCGAGACCAGAUGCGGUUGAACCAAGGAGCUCUUCUCCCAUCUUGGCUGUGCUGAGAAUCCCUUUGAAAACACUGUUGGAAAAACUUUUAUGGGCUUUCCCUUUGUAGUGUGGGGGAAAUGGUAGGAUAGAAAUUAUGAACGUCUGAGGGCCCUGAGUCUCUCCGCGUGGAGGGGAAAGAAGACAGCCCAGGCCUCCGGAGCACUCCUUACUUCUGUAGAAAAAUGAGUGGUGGGCUGGCACCAAGCAAAAGCACAGUGUAUGUGUCCAAUUUACCCUUUGCUUUGACUAACAAUGAUCUGUACAGGAUAUUUUCAAAGUAUGGGAAAGUUGUCAAAGUUACCAUUAUGAAAGAUAAAGACACCAGAAAGAGCAAAGGAGUUGCCUUUAUUUUGUUUUUGGAUAAAGAAUCUGCACAAAACUGUUCUCGAGCACUUAAUAACAAACAGUUGUUUGGAAGAGUAAUAAAAGCAAGUAUUGCCAUUGAUAAUGGAAGAGCAGCAGAAUUCAUUCGCAGGCGGAACUACUUUGAUAAGUCUAAGUGUUACGAAUGUGGGGAAGCAGGACACUUAAGUUAUGCUUGUCCUAAAAAUAUGCUAGGGGAGCGGGAACCACCAAAAAAAAAGGAAAAGAAGAAGAGAAAGAAAAUAGUGGAGCCAGAAGAAAUUGAGGAGGAAGAAGAAAGUGAAGAGGAAGGAGAAGACCCUGCUCUAGAUAGCCUCAGCCAAGCCAUAGCUUUUCAGCAAGCCAAAAUUGAGGAAGAACAGCAAAGAUGGACUGCAGGGGAAUCUUCAAUUUCAGAUGAUUCAAAACGUCCACGGAUUAAGAAAAGUACUUAUUUCAGUGAUGAGGAAGAACUUAGUGACUGAAAUAAUUCUGUUUAAAUGCAUAUAUAAGAUAUAUAUAGUGUAAAUUUUGUAAAGUGAUCUGUAAUACAGGUUUGUUUUGUGUUGAAGACACUGAAGAUCAUGGGGUUUUUUUAUUCUGUCCCCUGACUCUCCCAUCUUUUCAUAUCUGUGUCUCAAAACCUUGCCUUUCAAGGCAGCUUUUUAAGAAACUGAUGUAAUUAUACACUUAAAUCCAGAAAAGCAUCUGAAAAUGUGUCUUGCAGUUAAUAUCUAGACCCAAGUCCUAGCAGUGAAGUGUUUCAUGAGAGAGGUUCCCAAGGCUUUUUUCCUAAGAGGAGUUCCUCUUAGGAUGACUGUUAAUGCCACUGAUGCUUUAUGUAUUGGUCUAUUUGGAAGCAGUGCUUUAGUAGUACUUCAGUAGAUUAUGAAACUUGCAUUAGUUCCUCUGCAUAGGGUUUAAUUUCAGCUUUAUGUCUGAAAAUGUCUUUUUACUCUUCAUGCAGUACUAUAAUAAAUUAUUGUCACAUCAACACU